GUGAGGGCAAAGGUUUAACUUGGCCCCUGUGAGCCUAGGUUGUAGGAGGGUAAGGAUUGCAUGAAGGGUAGGCCUGUGGCAAGACGCCAUGCACCCAUAUCAGCCUGAGCAAGAAAUGACCCACGGAUGCCCAGGACCGUGUGCUCCACUUUGCGAAUAGCCAUAGAUGGAACUUGGGGACCCAAACUGAAGGAGAAUGCUGAUGCCAAAUCAUAGGAACCAAGCCCUGGUGCCAUUUUGGAUUCUCUGCAAUAAUGGUUUCUGCCACUUUAGGUCACACUGCUCUCUAUAAGUGUAUCAGAGGAGACCCACAAGUGAACAUUCUCUUGGGUAAAAAGAGAUCUCCACACCUUCACCCUGCUCCUUGCCAAGCAAGAGCUCUUCUCCCAGGGCAACAGCCAGUGCAUAAUGACAGACACUUCUAGAAGGUCUUGGCUUGUAUCUUUCUUAAGGUGUCUGGCACAGAGUUGGACCUCUUAAGUAGUUGCCAAGUUGAACUAUGGAACUGAAUGUUUUCAUACUAAUAGCCAUCUCAUUUAAAUGGCGGUGUAUAAACUAAUUGUUUUCCAGCUCAAAAUGUAGAUCCCUGCCAUAUCCCCCAGCCUCCUACCUGUACCUUAGAGCAAGGAAAUGAAUAAUAAGGGGUGAUAUUCCACUCUCGUUGGCAUACCAUGCACCAUGGAGCAGUGGGUUCCAUUUUUUUUUAUGUUUAUUUAUUUUUGAGAGAGAGAGUGAGCACAAGCUGGAGAGGGGCAGAGAAAGAGGAAGAUACAGGUUGCAAAGCAGGAUCCAGGAUUUGAGCUGUCAGCACAGAGCCCAACAUGGGGCUUGAACUCGCAAGCCAUGGGAUCAUGACCUGAGCUGAAGUCAGAUACUUAGCCGACUGAGCCACCCAGGCACCCUGAGCAGUGGGUUCCAAAACGUCUCACAUAGAAGGGAGGGAAUGUUGACAGAAGUUGCUGCAAAAGGAUUCUGUAUCCAAAAAACUGGGGAAUUCCUGGGCCUCUAUCAUACUAACGUGCUCUGUGGAUAUCAGGGGUCACUCUAGAAAGCGCAGCAUUUCUCAAAGGACCCUGACCAAGAAAAUCUCAUCCUGUGAUAUGUACUUUGGGAAAAGCUACAAUAGAGACAUGGGAUAACUGAUCCCAUGUCCAUAAUUUCUUACUCAUUUGUCCUUGGAAUGAAACACUCAGACUAUUCCUUUAUUACUCGGCUGGCCUCUGUCUGUACCUGCAUUGCUUGCAGAAUGCACACUCCUUAAGGACCGGGGUCUGCCACACGCCGCUUACUACUGUAUGUAUCUCCAGGGCUGAGCACGCAGAGUAACUGGUUAAUUGCUACUGUUAAAAAAUAAAUGAAAAAAUAGCACUGCAAAUAGAAUUAAACUCUGUUCCUGCCUACCAUGUUAAUUUGUUGAGUGUGGACCAUGCCCAGGGCAAUCUGCUUUGUUAGGCUUUUUCCGGGGCACACAGACUGGUCAAGGAAGGUCUACCUCCUGGCUCCUUUAGACCCUGAGGGCGGGUUAGCCCAGCACCCAGGCCAGGCAUUUACAUGUAAGAUCUGUGCGCUUUGGCGAGGCAGGACCACUUGUAGCUAUUUAUUUAUUUAUUUAUUCAUUUAAUGUUUAUUUAUUUUAGAGAGAGUGUGUGAGCAGGGCAGAAGAAGGGCAGAGAGAGAGGGAGACACAGAACUUGAAGUGGGCUCUAAGGGUCCAGGCUCUGCACUGUCAGCACAGAGCCCCAACGCGGGGCUCAAACUCACGAACUGUGAGAUCAUGACCUGAGCUGAAGUUGGAUGCUUAACCGACUGAGCCACCGAGGCGCCCCUAGCUAUUUAUUUAAAGCCAGAUACCAGCAGAACCAUGAGUAUGAGAAUGUAUAUAUGGCACUGUUUAUAAUAGAGAAAAUAUAGAAAUCCUGUAACAGGAGACCAUCUUAAGCUCUGCUACGACCAUAUAAUGGAAAAAUAUAUGUACCUGGUAAGGAGGAGGAUGAACAUUUUUUUUAUAUCGAUGCAUAUAAUAUUGUUGAACAAAUUGUUGAGUUAAGGGGGGGCGAGUACAGAACAUUAUAUACAUACAGUUUAUUUAAGUGUUUUUUAAGUGUAUUUUGAUAUGUGAGUAUAUAUGUGCAUUUUACUGCUGCUAAUAUAUGGGUUUUUUUUAAAAGAAAACAUGGAAAGAUAUGCCACACUGUUAAUGUUAUAAAGCUGGGCUAUAAGGGUGAGUUAUUUUUUGCUUUCAAUUUCGAUAUUCACAUUAAGCACAUUUUACUUUUAUAAAUAGCAAAACCCCUAAAGAUAGUCCUAUUUGAGGGGAAAAAUCCAUCAUAUAAGUAGUAAGCAGCAGAAAAAAAAAAAUCCUUAGAGAUAUUAGGGCCCAGAGAGGGAUAAGAGCUGCUUUAGGCUACAGAGAAGCAUUUGUCUAUCUUAUGGGAGGGGUGGCACAUGAACUUGACCUUGAAGAAUCAGUAGAUAUAAUCAACACAUGAUAGUUUACACUGGAGUAUCUUUCUGCAUAUGCAGUAUCAGGCAGAUUACUCUCAAACUGACUUCCUUCCCCUAGCCAGCUCACCACAGGUCACUUUACCCAGAAGUUAAAUGUGUUGAUGAAUUUGUCUUGUAUUAUCUGUGCCAUCCUUAAGAACUGAGUGGGUUUAUAAGGAGGGGCAUUAAAAGCCUGUAUAGAUUGUAUUGCAACUCUUAAAAUAAUCUCCAUACUCUUUGGCCCUGGGCCUCCCUUCCUAAAGAAAUUGGAAAUUAAGCCACAAUUUAUUCAGUAUAGCAUUAGUUAUCAUAAUAAAAAAUCAAAAGAGCCCAAAUAUCAAAAAUACAUGAGUGAGUAAGUAGAGUAUGUGAAGGUCUAUUUCACAGCUUUAAAAGAUGUCUACAAAGAAUUUUUAAUGACUUGUUUGGAGGUUAUGAUAGGUGUAAAAGAAAAGACAAAAUGAAAAAAAAAAAAAGAAUUGUAUUCAGUAGGGACAAAAAAAGUCUGCAGAGCUUCCUAGAAGAGGUUGAAGACAGAGGUCUUCAUAUCAGCACUAAUGAUCCAACUUCCUUGGUUAUCCUGUGGUCAGGAGUUUGGGACAAAGGAGAUUUUUCAUCAUCUUUUGGGUUAUCUCCGAUUAAGAUGAUACUCUGUCAAAGAUUUCCUCUAAUAAGUAUUAGACACUGGGACCAACACAUUGAGUGCUAGACAAACAGAUAAACAACUGUGAAAAAUGGAGUCUGCCCAGGGGCUGCUGGGAGUAACCAAGCCUGGGUGUAACUGCACACACUGGGGAGAGUGCCAGAUCCGUUCCUGAUUGGAAUUCCUGAAUUUAACUGAAACUAAAGUAGACUGGAGGCUUUGAGUUCUCCUACCCACAAGGUGGUAGCGGGACCGGGACCGUUCUCAUCAGAAUGCCUCAUUCCCAUCCGGAAAUUCAAAACUCAAACAUGUUGAUAGAAGCACUUUCCUUAGGGGAAAACCAUAUCCACGUUCAGGGGGCAGCAGCCGAAGAGUAUGGUCCCAGGCAGGCUUGCUUUCAUUCAGAAUAAACGUUUAUUGAAUAACCAUAGGAGUCUUGCAUUGCUGUAAGUGUUAACCACAGUAGGACCUUGUCUUCCGGGGCUUGAAACUUUGUACUUGGCAAAAUGUAAGUGUGCAGAUGUUUGCACGUCUGAUACUUGUCUCAGUGGCUAUGGACAUUGUCGAGCCUUGGGUCUUGCAAGCCCUGGAAAGGUAAACAAAGGACCAUGACAACCUUAUGUUCCACAUUCUACCGCUGGGCUUCCAGUCACCUGCUCACUGGUGUUGACCUGUCCACAUUGGUCAGGUCUUGCCCGAUUGAGGCAGCAGAGGCCAAGCGGGCAGUGCAGCGGGGAGCCACUGCCGUCAUCUUUGAUGUAUCAGAAAACCCAGAAGCUAUUGACCAGCUAAACCAGGGCUCAGAAGACCCACUCAAGAGGCCGGUGGUGUACGUGAAGGGUGCAGAUGCCAUCAAGCUGAUGAACAUCGUCAACAAGCAGAAAGUAGCUCGAGCAAGGAUUCAGCACCGCCCGCCUCGACAACCCACCGAGUACUUCGACAUGGGGAUUUUCUUGGCGUUCUUCGUCGUGGUCUCCUUGGUCUGCCUCAUCCUCCUUGUCAAAAUCAAGCUGAAGCAGCGGCGCAGUCAGAAUUCCAUGAACAGGCUGGCCGUACAGGCUCUGGAGAAGAUGGAAACCAGAAAGUUCAACUCCAAGAGCAAGGGGCGCCGGGAGGGCAGCUGCGGGGCCCUGGACACGCUCAGCAGCAGCUCCACGUCCGACUGCGCCAUCUGCCUGGAGAAGUACAUCGACGGAGAGGAGCUGCGGGUUAUCCCCUGUACUCACCGCUUUCACCGGAAGUGCGUGGACCCGUGGCUGCUGCAGCACCACACCUGCCCCCACUGUCGGCAUAACAUCAUAGAACAAAAGGGAAACCCGAGCACUGUGUGUGUGGAGACCAGCAACCUUGCGCGCAGCCGGCAGCAGAGGGUGAUCCUGCCGGUGCACUACCCCGGCCGCGUGCACAGGACCAAUGCCAUCCCGGCCUACCCUACCAGGACAAGCAUGGACUCCCACGGGAACCCCGUCACGCUGCUGACUGUGGACCGGCACGGGGAGCAGAGCCUCUAUUCCCCACAGACCCCCACCUACAUCCGCGGCUACCCGCCCCUGCACCUGGACCACACCCUGGCCCCUCACCGCUGCGGCCUGGAGCACCGGGCCUACUCACCAGCUCACCCCUUCCGCAGGCCCAAGUUCAGCGGCCGCAGCUUCUCCAAGGCAGCUUGCUUCUCCCAGUAUGAGACCAUGUACCAACACUACUACUUCCAGGGCCUCAGCUACCCAGAGCAGGAGGGCCAGGCUCCCCCGGGCCUCUCUCCCAGGGGCCCAACCCGCGCCUUCCCCCCGAGUGGCGGUGGCGGCGGUGGCGGCGGCCUGCUGUUCCCCACCGUGGUGCACAUGGCCCCGCCCUCCCACCUGGAGAGCGGCAGCACGUCCAGCUUCAGCUGCUACCACGGCCACCGCUCAGUGUGCAGCGGCUACCUGGCCGACUGCCCGGGCAGCGACAGCAGCAGCAGCAGCAGCAGCUCCGGCCAGUGCCACUGCUCCUCCAGCGACUCCGUGGUGGACUGCACCGAGGUCAGCAACCAGGGCGUGUACGGGAGCUGCUCGACCUUCCGCAGCUCCCUCAGCAGCGACUAUGACCCCUUCAUCUACCGCAGCCGGAGCCCCUGUCGCACCGGCGACGUGGGGGGUUCCGGUGGCUCAGGCCGGGGGCCUGUCGUGUGCCUUGAGGGCUCCCCGCCUCCAGAGGAGCUCCCGGCAGCCCACGGUCAAGGUGCGGGGCGGGGAGAGCCUUGGCCCGGCCCUGCCUCUCCCUCGGGGGACCAGCUGUCCACCUGUAGCCUGGAGAUGAACUACAGCAGCAACUCCUCCCUGGAGCACAGGGGGCCCGCCAGCUCUACCUCAGAAGUGGGGCUCGAGCCUUCUCCCGGGGCUGCCCCGGAUCUCAGGAGGACCUGGAAGGGGGGCCGCGAGGGGCUGUCGUGUGCCUGCUGCUGCGAGCCCCAGCCCGCCACGCUGGAGCCCAGUGCAGGAGUGGCCGGGGGCAGCACGCUGUUCCUGGGUCUCCCGCCCUGUGAGGCCUGUGGCCCCACGGGUGGGGAGUCACAGCCGGGAAGCUCCCAGGGCCUGUACGGUCUUCACCCAGACCAUUUGGCCAGGACAGAUGGGGUGAAAUAUGAGGGCCUGCCCUGCUGCUUCUAUGAAGAGAAGCAGGUGGCCCAUGGUGGCGGAGGGGGCAGCGGCUGCUACACUGAGGACUGCUCCGUGAGCGUGCAGUACACGCUCGCCCAGGAGGCCCCGCCCAGCUGCCACCCAGGGGCCCGGGACCUGAGCCAGCGCAUCCCCAUCAUUCCGGAGGAUGUGGACUGUGACUUAGGCCUGACCUCAGACUGCCAAGGGACCCGUGGCCUCAGCCCCUGGGGUGGAACCCUGGGCCCGGAUGCCCUGCGGCCCCACAGAAGCCUGGGAGCAGCCCAGGAAGAAGAGCCGGUUCUCUGCUGCCAGGCCAGGGCACCGCUCUCGCCCGGCUGCCCUCUGGAGGGUGCAGAGGCCACCAGGGCCAGCUUCCCCGGUACCCCCCAGGACACUCAGGAGUCCAGCGCCACAGCCACUGAGGCUGCAGGACAGAGAUCUCGCCCAGCAGACGGCGGCACGGGAGCCUGAGCUCAGAAGGAAUUCUGGAAAUGGGGACUAUAUGGAGACUCCAAGCUCUGACUUCCUUCAGGAAAGAAAAAAAAAGAAAAAAAAAAGAUUUUUUUUAGCUUUGACAAACACACAAAAGUGGUAAUAAAGAGAGCCCUCUUUCUCAACCCAAAAUGUGAGCCACCUGUGGCAAACCGCCCCCAUCCCCACCCCCCAUUAACAAACCAACAGACAAAAUUCUCUGAGUCUUUUGCCUCUUUUGAUAACAUGGUAUUCUGUUUUGUAAAGUGUGUGUGCUUGGGGUUCUGAGGUGUGUGGGAUUGAGUUCUCUGCUUUGUUUUUUUUUAAGAUAU